AAAACGAUCCUUCAACUUGCAGUUCGGGGCCGAUAACGAGUCCCGACCGUCGACCCACAUUUGCAAGCGAGAAGAUUUACUACCUACCUUACCUGGUUCGCCAUUAUCGUCUUUGUUCUUUCUGUAGUACCGAAAUCAACAUCAAUUAACAGAGACAAGAAGAAUGGGUGAAGACAGUAAGGUGGUUGCUCCGCCGCACGAUCUGAAUGCAAAGUGGGAUGCUUGUCUCGAUUUGGGUCUCCGCCGUGUCGUCUAUUCUUCCUUAGCCGGUGCUUUUACCGGUCUUCUCUUCUUAAGGAGUCCAGUCACACGUUGGGCAUCAGUGGCCUUGGGUGCUGGGAUUGGCAUUGGAUCUGCAUACACAGAGUGUUCAUAUAAAUUUGAUGGAUCGACAGCAAAGUUGGUAGCUCCAAGCUCAGAAUCUCAUUCAUCUCUGGGUGGACAUGAGUGAAGAUGAUGGUUAGUUGAGUUUGAGAGGACAUCUUCUUCUAUAAGUUGGUAUUUUAUUUCCCUUUGGAUUUUUAUUACAACUCAAGAGUGAGUGUUCCAAAUGGUUGGACUCUUAAAUCUCAUGUCAAGAUUUGUAUGGUGCUAUGAUAUGAUGUGUUUCACAUCUCACUAAUAAUCAUAAACAAAUUUAGCAAAUAAUUUUUGUGGUUGCAGAUUUGCUCUUACACAACUUUUAUUUAUAUAUAUAUAUAUAUAUAUAUAUAUGAACUUUUAUUAAAUAAAAAAGUAAGUGACAA